AUGAAAGUACAAACUGGGGCCACCGGUGUGCUUGAGCGCACGUCGCAUUACCUCAAAGCAGGCUUGUUAAGAACCAAACCCGCUUGGUUUGACGUGGUGGGGGCACAUCCACCUUCGACGAACUUGACGAAAAAACCUAAGCUAUUCGAAACAGGCGGCCAAAAAUCCGAUCCUCUGGAAUCAAUUUUCACCAAGAUUAAUGGAGAAUACAAGACGAGGACGAGCGUAGAAGACAGAAAGCAGAAAAAUAACCUGGUUUCCAGGGUGCCCAAAUUACAAUUUUUGGAAGAUCAAUUGAGAGAUGUAUUUUACCAUCAGCAUCCAUGGGAAUUUUCUCGUCCCAAAGUAUUGGUGGAGACUCUGGGAGACGAUAACAGCAAAUGUGACUGGUCACACAUGCUCCAAUUCAACAAACCGCUCGAUGGAGAGUCGGUGGUACAAAGAACGUUGUGGUUAUUGAACCGGUCCAAGAUGGAUGGUAAGAGCAUUACCCUUUUCGAUGCGUACGAUGAAGCCCGGUUUGAGUUUUAUCGUUUGCGCAUGGAGGAGGAGAUGAGCAGUGCGGUUUCUCGGGAAGAGUCGACUAUGUAUGGAGCCGUAUUCCCAUCGCCUCACCUUGAGCAUGGAGUCAACCAAGAACAAGAAUACAUUGAUAUUUGGACCAAGGUUGCUGGCGAUGCCACCAAGGUCAAGACGGCUAGCAAGGAUGGAAAGAGCUCAAAUGGGUCGAUGGGAGCGGAGGAUGUGGUGGAGAAAACGACGUCUGCAUGGGAAACCGAAUUUGUGGAAGAAGAGAGCCUGUAA